UAUAGUGACGUCUGCGCGGAAUCCUGUGACGUGGCACGUUGUUGUACUUCCGUUUCAAAAUGGCGCCCCCCACCCCUCAUUUAGCAGUCAGAGGAUCAGAAGGCACGGUUCUGCUGCAAGGACCUCCGAGCUGUCAGGAGAGCUCUGCCUUUCAGAAAGACGAACGGCAAGGCAGAUACAUAUCGUUCAGCCACGACGGCUCCCUGUUUGGCUGGUGCAACGGCUCACAGGUCAGUGUGAUCGAGGUUUCCACCGGAGAUCUGGUGAAGUCCUUCGAUUUGCCCAAAACAUCUGCGCUGGAGUUCUCGCCUCUGAACAGAGUCCUGGCCACCUGGCAGCAAUAUACCAAAACGCAGGAUAACCCUCAAGGAGACGCCAACCUGCAGCUGUGGGACCUGCAGACGGGUGCCUGCAUUAAAGCGUUUUAUCAAAAGAAGGUCGCAGGAUGGUGUCCGAGCUGGGCGGAUGAUGAAAGUAUUACUGUUAGAAAUGUCAAUAAUGAACUCCACUUCUUCGAGAACAACAACUUCGAAACCAUCGCCAACAAGCUUCACCUUCAGAAGGUGUCUGAGUUCUCUCUGUCUCCUGGAUCGCAGCCGAGCAAGGUCGCCGUUUAUGUUCCUGGAAGCAAAGGAGCGCCGUCUUUUGUUCGACUGUAUCAGUAUCCUAAUUUCGGAGGUCCGACGUCUGCUCUGGCAAACAAAAGCUUUUUCAAAGCGGACAAAGUGGCCAUGUUGUGGAACAAAAAAGCCUCUGCGGUUCUGGUGACCGCCAGCACAGAGGUGGAUAAAACGGGAGCCUCUUACUACGGAGAGCAGACGUUACAUUACGUUCCCACCAAUGGAGAAAGCGCAGUAGUUCAGCUGCCAAAGAACGGCCCCAUAUACGACGUGUCCUGGAACCCCAACUCUUCAGAGUUCUGUGUGGUUUAUGGUUUCAUGCCCGCCAAGGCGACCGUGUUCAACCUCAAAUGCGAGUCCGUGUUCGACUUCGGCACGGGCCCCAGAAACGCGGCUUUCUACAGCCCCCAGGGCCACAUCCUGGUCCUGGCAGGCUUCGGGAACCUGCGAGGGCAGAUGGAGGUCUGGGACGUGAAGAAGUACAAGCAGGUGUCGAAACCCCAGGCCGAAGACACCACGCAUUUCUCCUGGUGUCCCGACGGGGAGCACAUAGUGACGGCCACCUGCUCCCCGAGGCUCCGGGUCAGCAACGGAUACAAGAUCUGGCAUUACACCGGGGCCGUGCUGUACAAGCACGAGACGCCCUCCAACAAAGAGCUGUGGGAGGUUUUGUGGCAGCCCUUCCCGCCUGGAGCCUUCCCGGAGAAGCCUGUCAAAUACCAGGCGUCUCCGAGCGAACUCGGCAGCACUGAAGCCAAGCCGGCGCAGGCGUACCGUCCGCCCGCCCUCCGCAACAAACCCCAGAGCGCCAGCUCCAAACUACAUGAAGAAGAGCCGCCGCAGAACAUGAAGCCUGGUGCUGCAGGAGAGAAGCAAAUGUCGAAAGCUGCUUUGAAAAACCAGAAAAAGCGAGAAGCGAAGAAAGCAGCCAAGCAGGAAAACAAGACAGACGAAGCCCCGCCUCCAGCCGCAGACUCCGCCCCCAUCAGUCACGUGACUUCUAGCUGUGGAGACCCCGAAACCGACAAAAAGAUCAAGAAUUUGAAAAAGAAACUCAAAGCCAUCGAUGAACUCAAGGAGCAGCAGGCGGCCGGGAAAGUCAUGCAAAAAAAUCAGCUUGAGAAAAUGCAGAAAGAGGCCCAGCUGUUGAAAGAGCUCGAAGACCUCGAAUUAGGAUUGUGAACUCACUUCUACAUCAGUUUUCAAGCCUUGCUUUGUCAUGUUGUCGUGAAUAUGUCUUUUUUUUCACAAACUCAUGAUCAAUAAACAAGAGCCUGUUUUGCUUCUUUGAACGCGGCUGAUAUAAUAAGUACUAAAUCCUCAAAAGCAAUAUCGCGACGCGAUGUGACGUCCAGCACAAGAGAACAACGUCCACGAAAUACGAAAUAAAUGUGUUGAAAUUCAAA